UUCAAUGUCGUCCAAAUGCAGAUUAAGCAUUUCAGUUCCUUCGUCAAAUAAGUUUUUUAAUGUCCAAAUGCAGCGAUGAAGCCUGCUUAAGACUCAAAAUUGAUCAGAAUCAACAGCAAAUUCAAGAAUUAAAUAUAAAAAAGUUAAUUUUAUUCAAACUUUGCAGUUAAUUUGUGUAAAACUGAGAACAUAAAGUCAAAGACAGUCCGUCAAAAAGUGAGCAAUUAAACAUUUUUCAAACAACGUUUUAAAAUUAUUAUCUUUAAACUUUAUUGAUAAGAUAAUUAAUUUCUUCAGAAAAUUGAUAACAAGCAGUUGAGCGUUGAUAAGAAUUAAGGCACAAAAUCCACACAAUUUUCGCCCGACUAUUAAGCUUUUAAUUAUUAAAUUAUUUUCGCAUUUAUCACAAAAAAGUUAAAGUUUGUCAAAAUAAGUGAAAAAUUUUGCAGUUUUUGAAUUCUUGCCUUUUCGCAUGCUUUUCGAUCUACUAAGAUUGUUCACAAAAAAAGCAAAUACCCAAAUCUUAUUGACCCAACAUUCUCAAUGUCUAUCACAGCUGAUUUAUUAAGCCAUGUGCUUUGAUUAUGGAAAAUUCCAAUGAUUUCAUCUUCUUCUGUUUUUGUCUAUUUAUUCCAAAAUCUGGUUCUUGCUGUGACUGUUUUUUCAGUUUCGGUUCUUCGUGUUAAUCUUCAACACGUGCUUUCUUGUGCUAAAUCUGAAUUAUGAACUCAAAACCUGCGUCAUUUUGGAUUCUUUUAAUAAUUUUUUGGAUCAUAUCCACAACAAAUGCACAAGUUGCUUCCUGUUCGUACAGAAUUGAAUGGUUUGAAGUCUCUGUUAAUACAUUUAAAAAUAGUUCUUAUUAUUCCUGCAAUUUAAACGCACAGCAAUCGAAUGAGAAUAUUAAAAUCUCAAGAAUCAUUGGUCAGCACUAUCCAGGAUAUAACGACAAUCACGUCACUUUCCUCAAUAUCAACAAUAACAAUAAAUUUAAACUUUUUUCGCCAUUUUUCUGUCAGAAAUUUCCUAACCUCCAAAUUAUAAAAACAACAGCUGUUAAUUUCCUGACUAUAGACCAAGAUUCUUUAAUAAAUUGUGCAAAUUUACAAGUUUUUUCCACUUUUGGGAACCGAUUGCAUGCCAUAAAUGAAUAUUUGCUGUACAGGAACCCAAAGCUGACUUAUUUAUCACUGGAAAGCAAUCAACUUAAUGUCUUACCUGAAAAUUUGCUGACAAAUCAAAAGGAACUCUUGGAACUGCAACUGCACUACAAUGAACUAGCUUUGAUCCCAUCGAACACUUUCAAGUCACUAGUUAACCUUCAAAUCCUGACUUUAGACAACAAUAGACUCAACUUAAUCGAUCCUGAAUGGUUUGUAAACCUGCAAAAGUUAAAGAUUCUUACACUGGAGACCAACAGAAUCACCAAAAUCCAAGCAAACUCUUUCAUUAAUCUAAUAAAUUUAGAGUUGCUGUCAUUUGGCAGCAAACCUGGAAUUGAGCUUCAUCAAAAUUCAUUCAAUGGCCUGCAAAAAUUGAAAGGUUUGAGCUUCUUUGACAAUUAUUUAUCAGACUUACCGGCAAGUAUUUUUGUAUCAUUGACUAAUUUGGAGUCCAUGGGUAUCCAAAAGCAUCAAUUGAAGACUAUCCAUUCAGACUCAUUUGGAUAUCAUAGGAACUUGACAUCAAUUGCCUUGGAUGACAACUUAAUUAACUCAAUUGAUGAACGGAUUCUUGACAAAACAGCAGUAAAUACUUUCUAUAUGAAGAAUAACAUAUGCAGCAAUGUCGAUAGCUUAAACAGAGAUCAGAUCAGACAGAAUUUAAGGCAAUGCUUUAAUAAUUAUCAGCCUAGGGCACUAAAUGCUGCUUCAAAUGUUCCAAAUACACCUCGACCAAUUGAAAGUAAGCAACAGGCAACAAUUUUUCCAUUUGCAGCUACUUUGAGUCCACCAAAGACAAACUAUUGUGGACAACGAGUUACUGGACAUGGAAAUAUCAUUGGUGGGAGUCAGCUUGCUCGUGGGGACCAUCCAUGGCUUGCAGCAUUAGUCAUGAGAAAUGGCAAGUAUUUUUGUGCUGGGAAUCUAGUAACAACACGUAAGGUUAUAACUGCUGCACAUUGCAUCCAAGACAAGCACACAAGCCUGCCAACACAACCACAGAACAUAAUCAUCCUUCUUGGAGUUUUUGACCUCGACAGAACUGUCGAGACAGGAAGAAUAUCACAUGCUGUACAAAGUGCCAACAUUCAUCCAGAUUGGAACACAUUGACUGAGUCAUUUGAUGCUGAUAUUGCAGUUUUGGUGAUGGAAACGGAAGCUGUCUAUAGCAGAUAUAUUCAGCCUGUUUGUCUGCUUGGUCCUUUAUCAAGUAUUAUAGCCACAGCUUCUGGUGUUGUUGUUGGAUAUGGAAAAAGUGAAGACGAGACAAAAAUUCAUGAAAAUAUCCCAAAGAUCCUAAACAGUCAAAUUCACAAUAAUCCAUUCUGCUUCCAGGACAAUAGAGCACUUGCAAGAAUAUCAAGUGGACGAACAUUUUGUGGUGGACCUGGAAGAGGUAUUGGAGUAUGUCGUGGUGACAGUGGAAGUGGAUUGUAUGUGACUGAUGGCAGUGCUUAUUAUCUUCGUGGAAUUGUCUCGUCAUCGUUGAUUGGAGGUCAAUAUGGAUGUGAUGUUGACACUUAUUCUGUAUUUACGGAUGCUUUGAAGUUUAUGGAUUGGAUCAAUGAGAUUUAAGAUUACAUACAGGGGAGCGAGGAGGGG